AUGGCGCACGCGACGCUCGACGUCGAACUGAGCGAUCGCGCGGCGCUGGCGUUGCGACAGUUGGUCAACGUGCACGGGUUCGAUGUGCAGAGCGCUUUGACGGCGGUGUCGACGCUGGAGACGAGCGGCGAGACGAGUGAGAGUUCGCUCGAGGUUGACGUGAAACGUUGUGUGGAUUACAUGUUUGAUGUUUUGGGUGUCGUCGACGCCGGUGGGAGCGCGCUCGGGAUGACAUCGACGUGUGCGCACGCCGUUGGGGUUCGUUCGGGGGAAUGCGAGCACUCGCGGGCGUGCGAGACGUGUGGGACGACGUCAGAGCUUUGGGCGUGCGGCGCCUGCGGGAAGAGCUUUUGCGGGCGGUACCAAAACGCGUGCGCAAAGAAACACGCCUCAGAGAGCGCUCACGACGUGUGCGUGAGCUGGGACGACAUGAGCUGCUGGUGCUAUGCGUGUGAGACGUACGUGGACCCAUCAUCGUUCGAGAACGUCGCUGAGCGCGUUGAGUCGAUGUUACGCGCCCGAGCUUGCUAG